AACUUACACUAUACAAGAUUCCACCACUGCCGUUGCUUUUUUGCUUGUGAUAUAACGAUAUUAUGAUGAUGUUCUCUCACUUAUUAUAUCACUGGCGCCCUUGUGCCUGCCAAUCUGGCCGCCCUUAUACUAGAUCCUUUGCACACUAUUGAUUCCGAACGCGGCUUCUUAGUUCCCGCCGUGGGACAAACGCCCAAGAGUGGGAACAACACCAGUGGUUUCCAGCGACUCUGACAUCACGCUAUUUACCACCCUCUAGAAGGAUUUGGAAGGUUGGCUUUAGUCUGCGAAAAGUGAUUGGCACUCUUUAUUGCCUUUACCUAUUCCUACAAGCUUGAUUUUAUUCCGCAAUCACCGUGCCUGCCUGCCCUGCCUCGAGAGGGGAGAGCCUUACUCAGCACCACCAGGCGCAAUAAAUAUUUAUUGUACGAGGAGAGAGCUACAGCUAUAAUAAGUCCUCCCUUAGGCCCUAAAACGCCGCCCAAAACGCCAUUUCCUUCCUUCUUAAGCAGGCCAUCCACCGCCCUCCGACCUCUGCCACCAAACCCAUCCCGCGUUGUACAUCUGUCAACUGCGCUGCAGCCUCGCAAGCUGGAUCGAAUCCGCGCCUUCAGGGGCAGACACCUCGAGUCCCGGAGCCAGAGCGAGAACGGCGGCACGAGAAAGACGCUCCGCAGGGAUUCGCCCAGUUGGAUCCGGAGGAUGCGGCGCUCGACGUCUGCAUCCAAGCGCGCACGCUCGCCAACGGAGUCGCCCCAGCCAGACAGCAUCUCCACAAAGCGGCAGGAGAGGCAACCGCCUACCUCUGAACCGCUAUCGCGUGACCACAGCCUGACACGUGAUUCUCAAUCUGAACCACCGGCGUUGCCCCUGGGAAAGAUGCCCACGUUCCUGCAAUUAUCGGAAGAGGAAACCUUCCAAAAAUUCAAGGAGCUGAACUGGCUCGAGAGGACCAGAGCAGCAGAUGGCCGAACCACCGAGGACUCAAAAUGGGCUCGCUGCGAUGCAGACUUGACAGCAGGCCGCGACCGCUUCGGCGACAUCUUCGUGUGGAAGAAUAACCGCGUCAAGCUGCACGUCCCCGACGAGAUGAACGACUACAUCAACGCCUCCCCCAUCACCAUGAAAAGCCACCGCACCCCGCUGCAGAGCAAAUACAUCGCCAUGCAAGGCCCCAAGCAAUCCACCACCGACCACGUCUGGCGCAUGGCAUGGCACGAGCUCGCCAGCCCCGCCCUCAUCGUCAUGCUGACCGACGACAAGGGGUACCCCUAUUUCCCGUCCAGCGCCUCACAAACCCUCCCCAUCAACACCAUCGAUGAAUUCGGCGACGGCUUCCUCGGCACCGUGACGUGUGAGGGCGACGCUGAGCUCUCCGCCGACGGCGCGACGGAGAUCCGUAAGCUGGUUAUGCGCGUGGAGGGCGAGCAGAAGGAGAAGGUCAUCUGGCACCUGCUGUACACGCAAUGGCCCGAUUUCGGGAUCCCGGCCGAGAACGAGACUGCUUCGCUGCUGAACCUGAUUGCGCUUUCCAAAGAGAAGAAUGCCACCCCCACCAAUCCUAAAAUCGUGCACUGUCGCGCAGGCGUGGGGAGGUCGGGGACGUUCAUCGCGCUGGACCAUUUGCUGGGGGAGUUGGAGGCGGGGGCGUUUCCGGGGGAUCGGGGAGGUGGGGGUGGUGGGGCGUUUGAGGCGUUUCGGAGGGACGAUCCGGUGUUUGAUGCGGUGAAUAGCUUGAGGAUGCAGAGGCCGAAUAUGGUGCAGGCGGUGCCGCAGUAUCGGUUUAUUUAUGAGGUGCUGAAGAGGGUGUGGGAGGAUAAGUAUGGGAGGAAGCUUGGGGAGGCGGGGGGGAGGGGCAGGCCGAGGGGUAGUGGGGCGGUGCCGACGGCGAAGGUUUUGAGGUUGGUGGAUGCGGAGGAUGUUUUUACGGAGUAGGGGGGUCUGUCUGUAUUGGUUGUGGUGGGGAGGAGGGCGGUUUAUUGGAUUUGAGUUUCCAUAGCGUUUGUUUAAUGCGAGACCGAGCAAGCGGCGAGCGAACAUAGACGGAGCGCUGUAUAUUAGACGAUGCGCCAUAGUGACUCUGAACAUUUUAGUUUAGGGAUCACAGUGGAUGAGAUAAAUCAACUGAAGUCGUUUCUCAUAACUAUAUAGC